AUGAUUUCCUACCUCAAGACGGACGGAGACCGCCAAGGCUCCUACACCAAGUUCAUCCUUACUUGCCUGGCAUGGUAUCUGGCCUCCGUCGUCCAGAGCAACCUGACCAAGCUGAUUCUCAACGCCUUUGCCUACCCAGUGACCGUCACCUUUGUCCAGUUUGGCUUCGUGAUGUUCUGGAUGCUGGUGACUGCCUUGAUUCCCGGCCAGCAGUGGAUCCGCCUGAGGACUCCGAGCGUCCGGGUCUUUGCCACAGUUCUGCCCCUCUCCGGGUUUCAGAUCAUGUGCCACUUGCUAUCGUCGAUCUCGCUGGCCAGGAUUCCUGUGAGCAUCGCCCACACCAUCAAGGCCGGCGCCCCGCUCAUCACAGUCUUCAUCUACAGAACCCUCUUUGGCAUCACCUACCAGAGCCAAGUCUAUCAGUCGCUCAUCCCUCUGACCCUUGGGCUUGUGUUUGUGUGCAUGAACAAGCUCACAUUCGAUCUGGUCGGCUAUGUCACCGGCAUGGCUGCCACCACGGUCUUUGUGAUGCAGAACAUCUUCACCAAGAAGCUCUUUGUCGCCCACAAGACCCAUCAGGACCUCCCCAGCCACGGCCGAUCUUCGACGCCGUCCGAGGCGGUCUCAUCGAAACCCUGGCUGGGCAACCUCUCCCUCAGGCCCGUGCACCUGGACGAGAUGAAUGUCCUGUUCUACACGUCCGUGCUUUCGACGCUCUUCAUGUCGCCCAUCUGGCUGUACUCGGACGGGGCUCUUCUUCUGCAGUCGACCGUGCCGCUCGGCAAGGAAACAUCGGCCCAGGAUCUGCUCUUCAUGUUUGUGCUCAACGGGUUCUUCCACUUCCUGCAGACACUCUUUGCGUUCUUGCUGCUCGCACAGGUGUCGCCUGUCACCUACAGCGUCGCAUCGCUGUUCAAGCGAGUUGCGGUCAUCAGCGUCAGCAUCGUCUAUUUUGGCGACAAAGUCACCUUCUUCCAGACGGUGGGAAUUGGCCUCACCUUCUAUGGGCUCUGGCUGUAUGAUCGAGCCAAGGCUGAAGUUGCCAAAGGAGAGGCCCGCUUGGUGUCGCUCGAGGCUUCCAAGAACGACGGAUACGUCGCAGUUGCAACCCAUGAAACCGAGCCCGAGAGUCGAGCCGACAAGGGAGACGACCAAGCAUAA